GGCCUAAGUUGUGUCUCCGGGUCGUGGCAUUUGGGGCUUCCUCCCCAGGUUCAGUGUCCUGGGCAGGGUACAGACAGGAGGUCAAACUAAUGUAGAGUUUUGAUGAAUGCAAGUUGGUGCAUUUCCCAUGCCUCAGUCACCCGCAAAUUAUAAUUGAUACGUGUAGCAGAGCUGAAGUUGCCCUUGGGGGGGUAGACAAAUAAUUCUUCCGGCUGAUGUCCACGGGGAGCACUGUUACCUCUGUAACAGCUGGAGUUCUCGAAUUUCAAGUGCUGACUGCAUUUCAUCAUGCCUGCUGGGGUAUCUUGGACUCAAUACUUGAAAAUGAUCAGUGCAAGCACAUUGGCUAUGUUUGCAGGUGCAGAAAUUGUGCAUAGAUAUUACAGACCUGAUCUUACUAUACCUGAAAUUCCACCUAAGCCUGGAGAACUGAAAACAGAACUCUUGGGUCUAAAACAAAGACAGAGCAAAGUUCAUACCUCACAGCAAUGACCACAGACUACUGAAAUCAUGAAGGGUAGAAUUUUCAGAAGGGCCUAAAUAACUUAGGGUCCUGAGUCUCAUUUGCUUAAUUUAGGGACUCAAGCCAUUGAGACUUUUGCACUUCUGAAAAUUGUACCCAAAGUCCAUAUAUGAAAUAAAUCUAUCUUAAUAUUUAUUUAAAACAAAACAACUUGUUUGUAAGAAAUAAACAGUAUUCCUUAUACAAUUAUCAGAAAUCCAGUCAGUUGUUUAUUAAAACUCUUAUAUUCUAUUGAAAACAAAUAUACGGUUUUUUGAGGGAGAAAGAUUUAUUUAUUUACUGUUGAACAUUGGAAUAUCUCAGAAUGGGCUGCUUUAAAUCUAUCACAAAAUGUAAAGAUGAGAAGAGACUGAAAAUAAAAGCACUAAGAGGAUUUAAUGAGUAUAAAAGACAGAAUAAAAAGCUUACUUAAAUGAAGGUGUCCUAAAAUGUUUUACAUUGUGCUAUUGUGAAUAUCCAAGACCAAAUAUCAUUUUUAG